AUGGUUGUGUCUUCACCUUCUCCGCCGUCGUCUCCCGCAGGUUUCCUUGUCCGCCCGGCUCUCUCCUCCCAUCAGCCGGUCUCGUCUACUGCUUUUCUGAAGGCGCUGUUCCCCUUAGGGAUCCGUCGUCGUCGUGCUUCGCCCUCUCGGAUAGUCGCGACCUCGGCUUCCUACGGUUAUAAUUCGCCCCCGCCUUCCUCGAAUGACGCGUUUCAUCCCCGGCUGCCGUUCCAGUACCAGCCGAGGAACCCUAAUUCUGGGGGACGGGAAGAUUAUGAGGAUGAACAGAGCGUCGUUGGCGACUGUCUCGUCUUCGAGGAGGGUGCUUUCGAGGUUGGAGAUCCUCUCGGUUCUCUCGACUCCGAUGGUUCCGGAGAGGAGAAUAGAGGGAGGCCUCAGCGAGCAAAGCCCAUUGCGGAAGUGAAGGUCGAGAGUCUGGUGCCGGAGAAGUGGAGGGAGACGGUGGAGGAGAUCAACAUGACGAAGAAGGAGAAGCGUAAGAUCGCUCAGGAGCUAAAAUUCGGGAGCAAGCUAGAGAGGAGGAAGAAGCUCCCCAUGCCCGACCUCGAAGAGUACCGGACCUACCGUGAGCUGAAGCUGUCCCAGCUUAAGCCAGUUUUCCUCGACACCCCCCGUGACUUUCCCCCUCCAUCCCCAAAGGAGGUUGGUCCUCCCACUCCUUCAGGUGGGAGGGUGUCACCAAAGAACCCAAGGUUGGCCAUCAAGGACGAGAGCUUGGAUCGCAUCUCCAAUUUCUUCAACAGCCGUGAUUAUGUUCCCGAAGAGAACGAUGAUGACAAGAAACCAGGUGAAUCCAGUGCUCUUACUCCUGCUCUUACUACUAUAUUCUAAAAUUCCUUUUUCUGUUAUUUGGUAGACAUAUCAUCUAUUUUUUGAUUCCUUUUGUUGUGUUAUCUCGAUAUUUCUCUUCAAUUUUGUCAAUCUAAAUCCCAAGUAAAUGGUUCAGCGCCGAUAAUUACAUUCUAAACUUUUGUUUUUUCCAUUUAUAAACAUGGUGGCAGUCAUUUUAUUUAUGUUGACACUGAAAUGAAUAAAAUUAAUGGUUUAACUUUUUAUGGGUAUUUUAAAUUGAUAGAAAUAAUUUUAAACUACUAAGAACUCAUAGUGGGUCAACAUUGAUUUUGAUGAAAUUAAUCAUGACUUUUAUGGAGCUGACUUUUAUAGUGGGUCGAUGGGCAUCUGUAUGGAGCUGACUUUUAUGCUGUUUAGUUCCAUCCGGUCCCUUUUCUAUAAUAGUCCUUUUAAGAAAAAUUGCGAUUUCUAGGGAAUUUCUCACCUCUUCUGGUCUGCGCACGUGCUUUCGAUCUGCUUUUCCUUUGACCUGAGUUUUGCUUGAUGAUCUUUUACCUGUCUAUUAACAGGCAAGAGGAAGCUCUUCACCCAGGAGGAAAAGAUUCUCUUGAACAAACGGAUACCUAAUCUUGCAGAUGCCACAUCAGUGAGUUCUCCUCAUUUGCUGGCCACAGUUCAUGUAGAUCACUGCAUGAUCUUUUCUAUAAUUGGGUUGACUUUUCACUGGCCCUUUUCCUAGCACGCCUGAAAAAAAUACAUAAGAAUCCUACAAAGGUCAUGUCUUUCAGGUUUCUCCUCCGGCCUAGAUCAGGUCCAGACUGAUUCUGGCUGUUUAAAAAAAUAAAAAAAAUAAAUCUUGGAAUGAAAAAAAAGGAAAUUUAAUAGACAUCUUACUAUUAUUCUUCUACCGCUGCAAGAAUCCUCACUCUUCAAUCAGAAGUCUCCACCUGUAAACCCGUUUUCUUGUGGUAGAAAUUACUGUUUUUCUGUCUUUUCUUGCAGAUAUUUAAUGGAUUUCAUGGGUAGAGAAAUGUAAUGGAUUUAAUGGAUAGAGAAAUUUAAUGGAUUUCUUACUAUUAUUCUUCUACCGCUGCAAGAAUCCUCACUUCUCAAUCGGAAGUCUACACCUGUAAACCCGUUUUCUUGGGGUAUAAAUUACUGUUUUUCUCUAUCUUUUCUUGCAUAUAUGUGUGCUGUCGGAAGAAGAUUUACUGCUCAUUUUUAACCAUAUUGGCGUGAUUAUUUUCAGAGCAAAUGGCUACCUCUGCAUGCUUUUGCUGCGUCUGGGGAGUUUUACCUCUUGGAUGCGUUAUUAAAGCACAACGUGGACGUCAAUGCUCCUGAUAAGGUGGAGAUCCAAGAUUGGUUGAGAUUAAUAUUUAUUUAUUUUCCGGUACCUUCCGUCGGUUUAUAAUAUUUCAUCAACGGCGGUAUCUUCUUUGCUCCAGGACGGCUUGUGCGCCAUCCACAGGGCGAUACUGGGCAAUAAGGUGGCCGUCUUCAACUAUCUCUUGAGAGAGUCGGCAAACCCCUUUGUCCGGGAUCAAGUGAGUGUUUGCAUGGAUUCAUUUUCUGAACAAUUUUCCCGGUUUCUGUUUAGAUUUUAGUCCACAUAUCUUUGGGAUCGAAAAAACAUCCCAUGUUUGGGACUAUGAGCUAAGUUAUUCACACAGAGGGGGGGGAGAGAGAGAGAGGGAGAGAGAGAGAGAGAGAGAGAGAGAGAGAGAUAGACAAAGAGAGGGAGAGAGAGAGAGAAAGAUAGAUAGAUAGACAAAGAGAGGGAGAGAGAGAGAGAAAGAUAGAUAGAUAGACAAAGAGAGGGAGAGAGAGAGAGAAAGAUAGAUAGAUAGACAAAGAGAGGGAGAGAGAGAGAGAGAUAGAUAGAUAGACAAAGAGAGGGAGAGAGAGAGAAAGAUAGAUAGAUAGACAAAGAGAGGGAGAGAGAGAGAGAAAGAGAUAGAUAGAUAGACAAAGAGAGAGAGAGAGAGAGAGAGAGAGAGAUAGACAAAGAGAGGGAGAGAGAGAGAGAAAGAUAGAUAGAUAGACAAAGAGAGGGAGAGAGAGAGAGAAAGAUAGAUAGAUAGACAAAGAGAGGGAGAGAGAGAGAGAAAGAUAGAUAGAUAGACAAAGAGAGGGAGAGAGAGAGAUAUAGAUAGAUAGAUAGAUAGAUAGAUAGAUAGAUAGAUAGAUAGAUAGAUAGAUAGACAAAGAGAGAGAGGGAGAAAGAGAGAGAGAGAGAGAGAGGGAGAGAGAGAGAGACGGAGAGAGGGAGAGGGAGAGAGAGAGACGGAGAGAGGGAGAGGGAGAGACGGAGAGCGGGAGAGAGAGAGAGAGAGAGAGAGAGAGAGAGGGAGAGAGAGAGAGAGAGAGAGAGAGAGAGAGAGAGAGAGAGAGAGGAGAGGGAGAGAGAGGAGAGGGAGAGGGAGAGGGAGGGAGAGAGAGGAGAGGGAGAGAGAGAGAGGAGAGGGAGAGAGAGAGAGAGAGAGAGAGAGAGAGAGAGAGAGAGAGAGAGAGAGAGAGAGAGAGAGAGAGAGAGAGAGAGAGAGAGAGAGAUGUAGGGUGUCUCAAGACUGGGAUUGUUAUGGCUAGUAGAGAAAUGAAAUUUUCUAUAAACAGUGAAAAAGUAUACAGUGAACAUAAGUAGAGAUAAAUGUGAUGGACUGUGAUGUUGGGCAUUUUUUAAAAUCGGAGAUUUGAUUUUUUUUAGUGUUAGGAAAAACGUGAAUUUACCGGCUAAAAGUGCUGUAAAUAGUAAUUUUUUUAUGGCUAAAUUGUAAUGAAGAUAAACAGACAUAAAUGUGAUGGACAGAGGCGAUGACCCUUUUUUUAAACCAGUAAAUUAUCCUGAGAUAUCAGGAGGAGCUGGAUUUCGUUCAUUGCUCGCUCGCACUCCCGUUUAAUGCAUCAAUGAGAGAUGAGUCUACCGGUUCUCCCCUUCUGUGCGAAGCAAAAGCUCUCUCUCUCUCUCUCUCUCUCUCUCUCUGCUUGGCCUUCGUCUGGAUCACACCGCCAUGUCUUCCUUCUUCUCUGCUGCCACAGGAUGGGGCGACCUUGAUGCACUACGCUGUGUUGAACGCAUCGACCCAGAUCAUCAAGAUCCUUCUACUAUAUGACGUUGACAUUGACCUCCCGGAUGAAGUAUGCCCUCCAUAUUUAUUCCUUUCCCCGUUGACCCUGAUGAGGGAGGGGGGUGGACCUCGGUAGUCUGAAGGCGUUCUUCCUCUGGGUUCUUCUUUCAGGACGGCUGGACCCCCUUGCAUCUUGCUGUUCAGACUCUCAGGACCGACGUCGUGAGGUUGCUGUUGAUAAAGGGCGCCGACAGGGCUUCCAAAACCCGGGUUUGACUUCUCCUCUUCGUAGAAAGUCAAACGAGAUAUGGGCUCUUUUUUUUUUUGAAAUUAUUUACUUUCGGUCUCUUAUUGUUCUUCGUUUGGUGGUGUACCAGGAUGGAUGGACGCCUCUCGAUCUCUGCCUUCACUCCGGCCAUCACCUGAGAACCUUCGAGCUGAUUAAGCUGCUCAAGGAGCCGCCCAGGUCGAAGCCCACUGGAUGA